CUCAAGUCAAUGGCUUCUUCGACCUCUGCUCCCCUUAAUAUCAAUUCCACAAGCCCAAAAGAGUCGGAACCUCUCGAGCCCCUUCCAUUGAUAAGUUGCCUGCUUCGUUCAACAUCUUCCAACCAUAUUGAAAACCCUCCCAAUUACGCUUCAUGCAAGGAAGCAUCGGCUGAAGGUGGUGAUGAUGAUGUCACCGUCGCCCUACACAUUGGCCUCCCCAGCUUCUCUAGCGGAGUCUCCAGGGACCAGCCAGAGACGCUGGGUGCUGAUGAGAACAAGACAGCUGUGACAGCGGAGAAGAGAUAUUGGAUACCGACACCAGAGCAAAUCCUCAUAGGGUUCACCCAUUUUUCGUGCCAACUUUGCUUCAAAACCUUCAACCGUUACAACAAUCUUCAGAUGCACAUGUGGGGUCACGGGUCGCAAUAUCGUAAAGGCCCAGAGUCCUUAAGGGGAACGCAGCCUCGUGCGAUGCUAGGGAUUCCUUGCUAUUGCUGCAACGAUGGCUGCAAGAACAACAUAAACCACCCCAGAGCCAAGGCGUUCAAGGAUUUCAGGACCCUCCAGACCCAUUAUAAGAGGAAGCACGGGAUGAAGCCGUUCGCGUGCCAGAAGUGCGGGAAGCUGCUUGCUGUCAAGGGUGACUGGCGGACCCAUGAGAAGAACUGCGGAAAGCGUUGGCUAUGUUUAUGUGGAUCGGACUUCAAGCAUAAACGUUCACUCAAGGACCAUGUCAGGGCAUUUGGGUCGGGUCAUGGACCUUUUCCGGCAACAUUAUUCGGGGAGGUGCCGGCAGUGGAAAAUGGUACUACAUCAUCUGAUGUAUAUGAUGAUUUGAAGAGUAACACGUCGAUUGCAGGUUCACGAACCAUCGGCUUCCCGCACGAACUUUCUUUUACUAAUAAGUACAUAUAAAUGAAUAAAACACGAUGGGAUCGCAUUUAUCACCGAGUACAAUCCACGUGUAAAAUACUUUUUGUUUAGGAUUUAUAAUAAAAAUGUCAUAGUGAUGUGUUUAUCUCAAG